CCAUUGGACCAAUUAUUCCAACUAUUUCAGAGAGAGAAAGAAAAAGAAAAAACAAUAAAGCUUAGUUUUCAUUGCUCCGGUAUAGUGAGAGAGAGGUCCAUUUGAUCUGAUCGAAUAAUAUAUAGUUUAGAUAUUAUUGUUAUUACUAUUACGAAAUGGGAAACAGCUUAAGGUGUUGUUUGGCUUGUGUUCUUCCCUGUGGUGCCCUAGACUUGAUUCGGAUUGUCCAUUUAAAUGGCUACGUUGAGGAAAUAACACGUCCGGUAACCGCCGGCGAGAUCCUUAUGGCAAACCCUAAUCAUGUUAUCAGCAAGCCAUGCUCUCAGGGCGUUGUUCGUCGGAUUUUGAUACUCUCACCGGACACAGAGCUCAAAAGGGGCAGCAUAUAUUUUUUGAUCCCGGCUUCUUCCUUACCGGACAAGAAAAAAUCCGGCAACGGCCUCAAGAAACCUACCAAGAAAAUCAAAAAGUCAAGCACUACCGGUACACCUACAACCACCGCCGGGUUAUCCGACUCCGUCGACUGCGAUCGGUACUUAUCGAAUAUUAAAUCCGAUAAAAAAUCUUCACGCCGGGAUCGACGAAGCGGCUCCCGAGUCGGAGUAUGGCGGCCUCAUCUUGAAAGUAUCUCAGAAGACUGAUUUAUUUUCUUUCUUUCUUUCUUUCUUUUUUUCCGGCGCCGGAAUGUUGAGUUUUACCGGUGAUGACCAAAGGGGGUUCAAUCAUGCAAUGGGGUCGGUUACUUUUUUUUUUUUCUCACUUCCUUUUGAUGUAUGUGGGGUUGUUUCGAUUUUGUGGAUAAAUAUAUAUAUUUUUAUUUUGAUCUUCUCGUGUUCAUUUUACAGUUUUUUUUUUAUGUUUCGGUCUGCAUGUAAUAAUGGCCGAUUCGAAUUCCAGUCUUCAUCAUGAGAUCGAUCGAUAUAUAUGAUAGUCCGUUUGGUUCCCAAUAAAAUACUUUCACCGAGAGAAUGCAUGUGCCGGAGCAAGAAGGAAAAAAGAGAGAGAGAAAGAAAGAAAUGAUUAUACUUGUGGUCAUUAAAAAGUUGUAAUUUACACCUAAUUAAGAUGUAAUUAUAAGUAUAGUUCUCUUCUUUAUAUCUAUAUGAUCUAGUCAUCUCAUGAUGUUUCUGGGUGGGAAAAGAAAUUGCCAAUUAAAAAGUUAUUGAUGAGGGUGUGCGCGUGUUUACAAUAUGUAUUUUAAAAUUGGGUUUGCUCUACUUAUGAUUAAUCAAAUUAUUACUUGCUUGUGUGCUUU